AAGAACAAUGUUCCAUCGGAUGUGCAACAAGUAAAUGCAUGAUAGAUUCCGGAAAUUGUAAAUGUUCUCGUAAUUUUUCGGGAGAUAAAUGUGAUCAAUGUCAGAACGGAAGAUAUGGAACUCGGUGCGAAAAGCAAUGUCCGCACAACUGUGUUAAUUCCUGUGACAUUGAAACAGGAACCUGUGUCUCUUGCAAAAAUAAAUUUUACGGUUUAUUCUGUAACUUGUCCUGCAGUAGCAUCUGUAUUGACAACGUAUGUAAUCAAGGGAACGGUAAAUGUACGAGGGGUUACAACGGAACAACUGAUGAUCCUGUAUGUCCUAUACGUUCAGAUUCCCCCGAGGAGAAACAACCUGUUACAGCUGCAGUACUGGGGUCUAUUCUAGCAGUUUCAGUUGUUGUUAACAUUGUACUUGUCGGCCGUUUACUCCUAAAAAAGAUACGUACAUCUCGCAGGAAACCCAUGAUACCUGAAACAGGAGAGGCAUUUUAUCAAAACACUGGGAAUACUGGAAAUGGUGAUUAAUUUAUCUUUUAUUUCUCAU